AUGCGACAGAUUGAAAGGCUUAUGGGGCCGAGCAGCGGGUGAUGGGUUUUAGGGGCCCAUCCUGGGGUGAGAGGGAUGGGUUUAAGGGGAGUUUGUGGAUGGGGAGGUAUAUGGUGAAAGGCAGUUUUGGGGCUUGUAAAAUGUAAGGGUUAAGAGGAAAGAAGGAAGGUGUAAGGGCUGAGAGAUGGGAUUUGUGAAGGAUGGACAGCUAAAUGGAUGCAUUAGUGAGACUUCUGAGGUGGGAAGUUUUGAGAGAGAUGAUGGAGAGUGAGUUGUGGGCAGUGGGACUUACGUAUGAGGAGAUGGGGGUGCCUUGGUGUGGGAACCAUCAGGAAAAAGGGUUAGUGGAGGAGCUGCUGGGUGGGGGAUGGAGGGCCGCCUUUUUAUUAACUCAGCAAAUAUGUAUUAGACACUGUGUGGGACACCCAGCUGGGUUGCUGGCACAGCCCCUUCUCUCAGACUCCUAGUAGUGAGGGAGAGAAAGUAGCAAAAACUAAGUAUACAUUGUGAGAAAAGCUCUGAGAAAGGGGAUGGCAUGCUAUGGGAAGUCAGGUGUUGAGGCGCUUUGGGCCCCCCGGGAGUGGGAAAGAGCUGGAAGAGAAAGCAGAGCCAGAGACUUAAAAUCCCAAGUUCAGUUUGGGGAGGGGUUGACACAAGACCACACGGGACCCACAAGUCUUAGGAAGGAGUUUGGAUUUUACUUCAAUUGCGCUGGGAAAAACCGUAGCAGUUUUAAGACAACCUGUCCUACUUGCUUCCACCCACCACUUGUCAGCCAGCCAGGAACAGUAGAAUCGGCUUCACAAGGCAACCCAUUGUGUUUGGGGCCUGCUCAAAUUAUUGGAAAAUAGGAAAGGACCAGAGUCCUUUUGGAGGAUGGGGCCUAUUUGGGUGUAAAGGAUGGUCCCUGGGGCUGGGACUAGGGUCUGGUGCAGUUGCUAGAGCCCUCUAGUGAGGAGGGGUUAUGCCAAAGCCAAGUGAACAGCAGCCACAGGAAGGAGGAGGCAAAGAAAAGAUGGAUUCAGCAUGCGUUUGUUCUUCUCACUUUCCUUUGCUUCUUGUGGAUUGUCCACUUUCUGCAGUUUCAUAGCCUCUUUCUGGAAAGUUAAGAGUAUUAUUUUCCUCCUCCCUUACUAUGUUCAUUCUACUUUUUGGAGCACUGUGCUAGGUGCUAGAGAAACCAAGUUGGCUAAGAUGUUCUCUGCCCUCUCAGACAUCAUUGAAAAGUGGGGUGUGUGGGAGACUAAUUUAUAAGUAGUUGUCAUAACAAGUGUGUGCUGACUAGAGGUGAUUCCUGGCACCAGGGGAAAAAAGAGAUGGGCCUAGAGAGGGGGUGCCCUGUGUGAUACCCUGUCUGCUAGACUUGUCUGAGAGCAGGGGCUUUGUCUUAUUUUCCUUUGUAUUCCCAGGACUGUGCACAAUGCCUGGCACCUAUCAUGUAGUAAAGUUUGUGGCACUUCAGAUUCUGGAAGGAUUAGGAGGAGCUGGGGAGAGGGAAAUGGGCUCUUCACACCCAGGAAUCACAGAGACAGUGCUUUGGGUGUUUGUGGAGCUCCCUGAGUUCUUUCUGUUCUAGGUAGGGAGCUGCUUAAGGAGUUAGCUCUGCUCAGGUGUGGCCUUCCUCAAGCAUCUGUCACCCCAUUACAACCCCAAGGUGCACUCUUCUUCUUACAGCAAUCCAGUACUCCCCUAGAUAGACUUUAGAAUGGUGUGCAGUCAGUGACCUCUUCCUUGCUAUUCUUGAAGACAGCUUUUUCUUUUUCUUUUAAGGCUAGGACAUUGAAUAGUGGGGCAUUAUACAUGCAUGACAACAUGGUUGUUAGGUAGCUGGUUCCUGAUUUCUUUUUGAGGUAGAAAGGCCCCUGGGGCUUUUAUUUUGAGACUUAGAAGCUUCAGAUCUGCCCCCCUUCUUUGGAUAUAGCUCUAAAAGCCACCCAAGUUCAGACAACAGUCUUCAGUCCUCAGGUGGAUCACUUACUCCACUCCAGGCAGAUAGCUUGGGUGGGUCUUUUCCUCAUAAUAAAACUUUGCAGCCUGGUAGAUUAUCAACCUGGAAGGGGGAGCAGAUUGUGUCUGUCCUGAUCAACCGACUGGGUGAGGCUUUUGCAAGUCUUUCUGCCCCUGCCCUUUCUUGGUGCACCCUGACCCCUUCAUAGCCGUGGAGUCAGUUUAGCUUAACUGUCUAGCAAGAAAGAAUUUUUCAUCUCACAUUCAAGGCCCUUUCAAACUAUUUUGUCACUGUAAGUGUGCUUAAAGAGGGAAAGCACACCUAUUCUCCUUAAACCAGAAUUCUUACUUACGCCUUUCUGCAUUAUUUGGAAGGCAUCUCCAAGUGCUUGUGCAUGAUUCAUUUUGUCAUGAUAGUCUUGGAAUAGUGAACUGUAUAUUGUUCUUCCUUUGGGCUACACAGUGGACUGUAAGGGACUUUGGAAUAUUUCACUUUAGUUUAGAUUCAGCCCAAGUCAACUGAAGACUUCCUAUGUGAGGGAUAAACAGUCUUCUUGAAUGAUCUUCUGACCUUCAGCUAUACCCUAAGCUCUUCCUGGAGAAGGUACAGUUCUGCAUUUUCUGAUUUGGAACCAUUCCCUGAUGAUGAGCUCAUCCAUUUCUUGUAGGAGGCAAGUCAGGCAGGAAAUUUUAUCUCAUUUGCCAAGGAUUGUCUGAGUAUUUUGCUCUAUCAUGCAUAGCCUUGUUUUUUUAUAAUAAUAAAUUUUACAACAUUUUACAGUUUCUGCAUAGUUCAUUUCAUCUGCUUUGGCUACCUUUAUGAGAGGUUUAGGAGGGUUAUUAGACUAGGGUUGAGGACUCCCUGUCAAAACUGUCAGGCUCAAAGUUCUUCCCUCCUCCCAGGGUUCUUAAUGAGUGUAUGAGUCAUAAAAAUCUGUUGUAAGCUCUGGGCCCUCUCUCACUGCCCACCCCCUUGGAGAUCCUCAGCUUCAAGUGCCCCACAGCCUGAAAGCUGCCUCUCAUCAAAGGCUGGUAGACUCAUUUUUUGUCCAGUAGUAAUAUUUCUAAGAAAUUAGUAUGAGAAAAAAAAAAGAAAUUAGUAUGAGAACUCUAGAACUGAGGGGUAGAUUUUGGAAACCUGGUAGAGAAAGGAAGUAGAAUGGUAACAGUGUUAUCUGGAGAUCCAUACUCCACACCUGAAGUUCUGGGAGAGCAGCUGAAAAAGACUUGUCUUUCUUCAAGUUGUUCUGCAUGUUGGAAUGACAGAAAGCAUGCUCUGAAUUGCCAUCGGAUGAAGCCGGCUCUCUUCAGUGUGCUCUGUGAGAUCAAGGAAAAGACAGUGUUAAGCAUCCAUGGCAUUCAAGAAGAAGGUCCCUCCAAUGCUCAGCUCAUGAGGUUGGAUAACAUGCUGCUGGCUGAGGGUGUAUCCAGGCCGGAGAGGCGAGGAAGAGGAGGAUCGGCGGCAGCGGCCAACACAGCAACACCAGGUGGCUGUCCAAAUGACAAUAGCCUUGAGCACUCUGACUACAGGGCCAAGCUGUCCCAGAUCCGACAGAUUUACCACUCUGAGCUAGAGAAAUAUGAACAGGCUUGCCGUGAGUUUACCACACAUGUCACCAACCUUCUCCGGGAGCAGAGCAGGAUGAGGCCCGUCUCACCCAAGGAGAUUGAGCACAUGGUCGGUGUCAUCCACGGCAAGUUCAAUGCCAUCCAGAUGCAGCUGAAGCAGAGCACCUGCGAGGCUGUGAUGACCCUGCGUUCACGGUUCCUCGAUGCCAGGCGCAAGCGGCGGAACUUCAGCAAGCAGGCCACGGAAGUGCUGAAUGAGUAUUUUUACUCCCAUCUGAGCAACCCUUAUCCCAGUGAAGAAGCCAAAGAAGAGCUGGCCAGGAAGGGCGGCAUCACAGUCUCCCAGGUCUCCAACUGGUUCGGCAACAAAAGAAUUCGGUAUAAAAAGAACAUGGGGAAGUUUCAAGAAGAGGCUACCAUUUAUACUACUAAAAUGGCAGUCGACACCACCAAAGUUGGGGGCCUGAGGAGCCAGGCUAGCUGCCCAUCAACACCCAGCUCUGGUUCCUCUGAUCCCUUCCCACUGACCAGUGCCGGGGAUGCACUUAUCACCCUACAGACACUGGCCUCUCUCCGCCGUACUCCUGCAGGAGGCAGCUUGCGGUCCCAGGCCAAGGGUGGCUGGCAGGGAGCCGCGCCCCCGGCGUCCACCACUUCGCCCGCUGGAGACCCCGGCAGCGUCCACUCAGACGCAUCUAAUUAAGGUUUGGAGUCGACCAGAAAAGCGGGCCGGGUGGCCUGCGGUGGUUUGCAGGCACCCGAGUCUUUGCUGCGUGUGCAGCUGAUUACCUCAAAGACCCAGAACCGCAGCAGGUGGCAGGCGCCAUCCGUUGCUUACCAGCUGGGAUCUGAAAUGGGCUGAGAUGCUGCUCAUUUUCUCAAUUCAGUUCAUUUUUUUAAUAGUAAUUUUAUGAUAAGACUGUGAAUUGUUUCUUCUAGGACUUGUCACAAAUUCUCCCAUUAAAAUUUUGGACUUAUUUUCAUGUC